AUGGCUGAUGGGACAGGACACGAGAUGAUGGAUGCCUUUGAUUCUGCAACCCUCAAUGCUGCUGCUGUCGGCGCUGCUGGAGCUGAUAUGGUGCCCCGCUCCUUUGAUUACACAGACCUUACUGUCUUGUCCGACGGCAGUGACAAUGAUAGAGACGCGACUGCUGGUUUACCCACAUUCAAAGCCAAAGUGGCAGUUAUGCAUGAUUUACCGCCCGCUUUGCCAGAAGCUGAGAGUUUCGCAGAGGUGUAUUCAUGUGGCUCUACGGCACAAACUACAAAAGUCGAGCCUCUUCAAACGCAGACGUCACUACAUACGGAAGUCCAGGUCACGGUUUCAGGUGCAAGCCGAGAAAUUAUAUACAUCGACAGCAGCGGCGAAGAGAGUGAAGAAAAUUACGAGAGUGAGAGAAACGACGACAGCGAGAGAAACGACGAAAGUGACGAAGAUUACGAAAGCGAGAGAAACGACGAGAAUGAGAAAAGCGACGAAAGUUACGAAGACGACGAUAACGACAGAAACGACGAGGACGCUUCUUCACCUAUACGGCGUCUAACUUUGGAAGAGUCGUGCUGCGAUAUGCCAAAUUCGAGGCACCGCGCAAUACCGAUCAGCGACAUCUGCGCCCCGGAAACGACACACGCUGCUAUCUUUGUAGCCACUCAAAAUGCAACAGUCGAGACUGAAUCGUCGGAGGAUAAUGUCCCGCUAGCUAUUUUGCGCAGGAAUCGUCUCGGGAACAAACACAAAAUGAGGGACAACCAGGUCACCAAACUUACCCUUGUGAAUCGGCCCACGUCGCCGCCAAAACUUUCUCCUAAACGAAGAAGGCAAAGCCGAAUUUUCGACUCGGACGCCUUUGAUGCCGCGAUUUACAUCCAGAGCGAACUACAACCGCCCCCCGGCGUAAAGGUUCCUCGCCCCACAAAGGCAUCCAGCGCUUUCCCCCCCGACGCGAGGAUCUUUGUCCCAGCCAACCCGGCAAUUCACGGCCCUGUGGUGCGCUCCAAAAAGUGGUGGAAAGACAAGAGGCGGGAGAUUCGCGACCGACCGAAGCGCAAGACGUGGUUCGGAAAAGUGACGCAGCGGAUGCGCUGGCUCUACAACAAGCAGAUGGCGGCGGAGGCAAAGCGUCAGGCGCCCGUACGGGGCGCGGCAGGGCGCCGGACGCGACAGGAUCCCCAACCGGCCGCGUACAAGCGCAUCAUAGACUUUGGCGACGUUCCGGCGGACCGGCUCCCGGCGGACGUGCUCAGCACACCUGGCUGGGCCAAGGCCUGCGAGUGGCAGCGGAAGAUGAGGGAACAAGACGUGGCAAUGGAGCGGCAAGUGGAACACAUCUGUAUGGAGUUCCUUCUGGGUGGUAGACCUCUGUAUCUGUACAGUACAUUUGGCAGACUUGAAAUGGUCCAGACUACGGCAGCAUAG